AUGAGUAACGAUUCUGUUGAUAUCUCCUCGUCGGAGAAGGUCCAAAGACCAGGCACAGCUGACUCUGGUGUGUCUAUGUCUAAUGGACAUUUUCUCAAUGAGCAUCAGCAAAAUGGACACAUCCAACAGCCGGUGUCGUCUGAUAUAGCCAUCUGCGGUAUUGGACUGCGUCUUCCUGGAGGCAUCCGCAACUGUGACGACUACUGGAACCUCCUUUACCAUGGGGUAGAUGCUCGUAUCCCCGUUCCUAGCAGCCGUUACAACCUCGAGGGCUUUGACGACAGUCUCGGCGGCAAGGACUCGGUCAAGGUCAAACACGGAUAUUUCCUUGACGAAGAUCUAUCAUGUCUAGAUACUUCGUUUUUCACAUUCACCAAGGCCGAGCUCGAGAAGGCUGAUCCACAACAACGAUUACUGCUUGAGGUCACUCGAGAGUGCCUUGAAGAUGCAGGAGAGGUAAACUAUCGCGGGCAGCAACUGGGCUGUUACAUAGGAACAUUUGGGGAUGAUUGGUUGAUGAUGAGCACAAAGGCGCCCCAGCAAGGCGGUGUCCAUGCUGUUACUGGACAUGGCGACCUUAUGAUGGCCAACCGUGUUUCAUUCGAGUAUGACUUUCGAGGUCCCAGUAUGGUGAUCAAAACCGGAUGCUCAGCCUCAACAAUCGCUCUUCAUGAAGCAUGUCGGGCGAUACAGAGGGGCGAUGCAUCAGGUGCUGUCGUCGGAGGUGCCAGCAUGAUUACUACCCCAGCUCUCACGGCUACCAUGUCUGCAGGCGAGCUUCUUGCCCCAGAUGGCUCCUGCAAGACAUUUGAUGCUUCAGCAGACGGAUACGCCAGAGCUGAAGCCAUCACAGCCAUUUACAUCAAGCCUCUCGCCGACGCCCUUCGUGAUGGCAACCCAGUGAGGGCUGUCAUCAAAGGUACUUCUACAAACUGCGACGGCAAGAGUGUUAGUCUUGUCACUCCCAAUGGAGUUGCACAAGAGGCUCUGAUGAGAAAGGCUUAUCGGGACGCUGGCUUGGACCCUCGAGAGACAGCAUUCGUUGAGUGUCACGGUACUGGAACACCCACGGGCGAUCCCAUUGAAACGACGGCCGUGGGCAAAGUUUUUGGUGAGAAUGGGAUCUACAUCACUUCAGUCAAGCCCAACCUGGGACAUUCUGAAGGCUCCGCAGGGCUGUCUUCUGUGAUCAAAUGUGUUCUCGCCCUUGAGCACAACAUCAUUCCACCCAACAUCAAGUUUAUUAAUCCCAAUCCCAAGAUUCCAUUUGCAGAGUACAACUUGACUGUUCCUGUCAACCCAACUCCAUUUCCAUCAGACCGUAAACAGAGGGUCAGCAUCGAUUCAUUUGGCAUUGGCGGUAGCAACGCACAUGUUAUCCUCGAGGCUUACGCCCCUUAUUCAAAUGGCAUAGUUCAACAGAACGGCACUGCUCUUCACAAUGGGAAACACGUGCUCCAAGACCCUGGUCCACCCAUGCAUCAACCUCGGAAGUUGGACCUGCUUCUCUUAUCAGCCAACACAGAUGUCUCCCUCCAGAAGCAGAUCAAUAACCACCAAGAGUGGGUUUUGCAGCACCCAGAGUCCGUAUCGGACCUCACCUACACUCGCGCCAUGCACAGAGAACACUUGCCUCACAGAGCAUAUGCCAUUUUGGACGGAGCUAACGUCACUGAAACUUCUGGGCCCAUGAAGGCACUGUCGGAACCACUGCCAUUGGUAAUGGUGUUCAGUGGCCAAGGCGCACAAUGGCCCGGAAUGGCCAAGGAGUUGAUCGAGAGCGAUCGGGCAUUCCGUACAGACCUGCUCGACAUGGAUGCAGUGUUGAAACGCCUUAGCUUUCCACCAACGUGGAACAUUAUAGACGAACUUCUAAAGUCUGCCGAGACUACUCAAGUCCACAAGGCAGAACUCUCUCAGCCUUUGUGCACAGCCGUUCAGGUGGCCUUGUUCAACAAAUUUUCCGCCCUACGGCUCACACCUACUGUUGCUGUUGGCCAUUCAAGUGGCGAAAUCGCUGCUGCGUACGCGGCUGGUUUCAUUUCGAUGGAAGAAGCAAUAACUAUUGCCUACUACCGUGGCUAUGUCACAACAAAGCAAAACCUGAUUGGAGGCAUGGCAGCCAUUGGAAUGGGGGCCGUGGAAGUGUCUGAACACUUGUGUGACGGAGUCGUCCUGGCUUGCGAGAAUAGCCCCAGCAGCUCCACCAUCUCGGGUGAUGCCGAGAAGGUCGACCAAGUUGUUGAGGCUAUCAAGCAGAAGAUGCCUGACAUGUUUGCCCGCAAGCUCAAGGUUAACAUGGCGUAUCACUCCCACCACAUGGUUCCCCUUAGUACCGAGUAUCAUGAUCUCCUCAAGUCUGACUUGCCGAGAUUGACGCAAUAUCUACCCUCAGCAAAAGCUGAGAUGUUCUCUUCGGUCACGACUAAGCCGGUGGAUGAUUCCAUUCGUGAUCCCUCAUACUGGGUGAAAAACCUCACGUCUCCAGUCAGGUUCUCCCCAGCAGUCUUGAACUUGCUGGCACUCAAGGGUGACUCCAUCUUCAUCGAGAUCGGUCCUCAUUCUACGCUCGCCGGCCCCUUACGCCAGACUUGUUCUCAAGUGUCUCGGCCGUGUCAUUAUGUGACAACCCAAUCUCGCGGCAAGGACUCUUUUGCCGCGUUUCUUUCCGCAGUAGGGAAGCUUUACCAAGGAGGGCUCGAAAUGGACUUGACCCCCAUGUUCUCCUCUGGGAAAGCAAUUUCAGGGUUGCCUACGUACCCAUGGGAUCACAAGGAAUCGUACUGGUUUGAGAGUCGCAUAUCCAAGGCAUGGAGGACUCGCCAAUAUCCUGACCAUUGUCUCUUGGGAUCUCGUAUCCUCGAAUGCACCGACGCUGAACCACAAUGGCGGAACAUUCUCCAUGUCGAAGAUGAGCCCUGGUUGGUUGAUCACAAGCUGCAUGAUGACAUCGUUUUUCCAUUCGCCGGAUACAUCGCUGUCACUGGUGAAGCUGUCAGGCAGCUUACUCACGCGCCUCGUGGUACUGGAUACCGUCUUCGACACGUGGUAGCACAAACAGCACUAUUGUUGUCCGACUCGGCUCCAACCGAGCUGAUGACUAGCCUACACAGACAGAGGCUGAACGACACCGACUCCUCGGAAUGGUUUGAGUUUUCUGUUUCGUCGUACAGUGGGUCGACCUGGGUGAAGCAUUGCACUGGUCAAGUGAGCAUCCUCGACAACGCCAGGACCCGUGACUGGGUGCCAGAAGUCCUUCCUCGCAAGGUUGAUGCCUCCCGCAUCUACAGUCGCUUGGCCAGCGUAGGUUUUAUUUAUGGGCCCUCAUUCCGGGGACUGUCAAAUGUCACAUCCGCUGUCUCUGAAGAGCUUGCCUUUGCGCAAAUCAUCAACCGAGACCAGCAGAGUCACUCCCCAUUUACCCUUCAUCCCGCAACAAUUGAUGCCGGCCUUCAGCUACUCUUGGUCGCGCAAGCCAAAGGACUUGGGCGAAACCUAGCCGAACUUUGCGUGCCUACUGCAAUUGAGGAGCUCGAAAUUGGCCCAGGUGCAGAUGUCAUGGACGCCAAAGCGUGGAAGAUGUAUGGAGUCGAGCCAUGCGUCGAGUUCGCUUCGGGUGAAAAGGUGGCAUUCCGAGCUUCUGGAAUCCAGUUCCAUGCCCUUGGAGAUGACGAGACACCUGAGGGACUCGAUGUUCACGCCGCGGCAAGAUUGAGGUGGCUCCCACACUUUGACUUUGUCGAUGUAUCGACUCUUUUCACCCCGCCGGCAGCCUCCAAGUCUGAUUCUCAACUACAUGAAGAGCUAGGCUUGCACUGCAUUCUCGAAACGGCAGAAAGAGUCAGAUACCUUCAGCCUUGCCAGCCUCACUUUGCGAGGUUCCGAGACUGGAUCAAUCAACAGAUUGGAUUUGCAGCAGCUGGAAACUAUAAGCUGGUCGAGAACCCCGAGAAGCAUGUUGCUCUUCCAAGGGCCGAAAGAUUAGCCAAGAUUGAAGAACUCACUACACUUCUAUUGGAGCUACCACAGAAAGCCCUCAUCGUCGGAAUCAGGUGUCUCUUCGAUAACAUUGACAAACUCUUUACGGGCGAAGCCGAUACCCUCGACAUUCUUCUACAAGACAACGUCCUUGCCCAGAUUUACAAUGUCAUGACAUUUGACUACUCCAAGUUCCUACGCCUUUUGGUUCAUACCAGGCCGACUCUACGAGUCCUUGAGCUCGGAGCAGGAACUGGUGGUACUACUGAGACCAUUCUGCGGAACAUUGUCGAUGUCCAUGGAGUACCGGCGUAUUCUACCUAUACCUUCACGGAUAUAUCUGCAGGGUUCUUCCCGGCUGCCAAAGAGCGAUUUGCGAAUGCAUCCAACCUCGAGUUCAGAGUACUGGACGUCUCUCAGGACCCCCUCCAGCAGGGAUUCCAAGAGGGGAGUUAUGAUCUCAUCAUCGCAGCAAACGUUCUGCAUGCGACACCUUGUCUACAACAGACGUUGAGCAAUAUACGGCCUUUGCUCAAGUCGGAUGGAAUGCUCGUGAUGACAGAGCUGUGCAGCGUCACUCGAUCUCUCAAUUACAUCUUUGGCAACUUUUCAGGAUGGUGGCUAGGAGAAAAGGACAAUCGCUUGGAUCAACCCUACGUCUCAGUAUCACGGUGGGAUCAGGAACUAAGAGCUGCCGGGUUCAGCGGCGCUGACGCUGUUACAUUCGACGCCGAAGAGUCACAUCGACGUUUCGCCGUCAUAGUGGCUAAGAAACAGCCUACACCGAUCCCCAACCCAUCUUGCAUCACUCUCCUAUCCGGGAACCCCGAGGGGGAGAUCGUUGGCAAAUUGGCUACUGUACUGGAAGAAAGAGGUUGGACCAUCGCAAAGCGCCGUAUCGGAGACGAUAUCCCGAAGGGCCAGGACAUCAUUUCAUGCCUUGAUCUUGAGGCCAAUUUCUUCCAAGAUAUCUCCGAGGAAGCGUUUGCUACAUUUCAGCAGUUCGUUCGGACAGUUGGCCCAAGGAGGAUUCUUUGGUUGACAGACGCAAUCCAGGUCGAGUGUUCAAAUCCGCGGUCUGCACAGACGCUGGGUGUAGCUCGUACUCUGCGUUCGGAACUGGGGCUCAACUUCUACACGGUCGAAGUUGACAACAUGGAGAACCAAUUUAGCACUCUGGUCUCUCAGCUCCUCGACAAGAUCGUCCGGGACGAGGACAACGAGAACCUUGAGCCUGACAGGGAAUUUGUCAUCAGCCACGGGGUCAUAUGUGUUGGACGUUAUCAGCCCUUCCCACUGCUAGAGGAAGCCUCUACCAAAACCAACCAAGAUCAAGGGGAUGUGAUGAAGAAGGUGGAUAUUGACAAACCAGGAAUGUUGGAAACCAUGGACUGGAGAAUUCUCCCGAUCCCAGAGACCAUUCCGGAGCAUCACGUUGAAAUCGACGUUCGUGCUGCUGGUCUCAACUUUCGCGACGUUGUCUACGCUAUGGGCCUCAUAUCAUCCCAGUCAUCCAAUCUUUCCCUGGGUAUGGAAGUAUCCGGCACAAUCAGGAGACUUGGAAGUGCCGUGAAAGGCCUCAGCAUUGGCGAUCGAGUCAUGUCUUUCACCUAUGAGGGUGGCUUCUCCACGCAGGUGAUUGUAGCGGACCACUUCGUGCACAAACUUCCAGAUACCAUGAGCUUUGAGGAAGCGGCAACCAUCCAGGGCUGUUUUGCGACUGUGGUCUACGCACUGCUGGAUGUAGGAAGGCUGCGCAAGGGAAUGAGUGUACUGAUACACUCGGCUUGUGGUGGUGUCGGAUUGUCUGCUAUCCAAGUUUCGCAAAUGAUGGGUGCAGAGAUUUACGCAACCGUUGGAAGUGAGAAAAAGAAGGACUAUUUGGUCAAGACCUACAACAUCCCACGAGAACGCAUCUUCAACUCGCGAGACGCCUCAUUCCUUGAUGGAGUGAUGCAGCAGACAGCAGGCAAAGGAGUUGAUCUUGUUCUGAAUUCGCUACCCGGAGAGCUUUUGCAUGCUUCUUGGAAGUGUGUUGCAAAGAACGGAUCAUUGCUCGAGCUCGGGAAGCGCGAUCUCGCUGGAUUUGGUCAGCUUGACAUGAGUCGUUUCCUGGACAACCGAUCCUACUGUGGCAUCGAUGUCAUGUAUAUGAUGAAGGAGCAAGGCGGGGUUCUCCGAGAUGUCUUGCAAAGGACUCUGGCUUUCUUUGAGCAAGGAAAGCUCAAGCCGCUGGAACCUAUCACGUCGUUCGACGCAGCUGACAUCAAGCAAGCCUUCCGCUAUCUUCAGGGUGGCAACCACAUGGGCAAAGUGAUUCUGAAACUCCCCGGGGACCCGUCGAUGCUGGAAGCGAGAGAGAUGGCCCAAUGCAUCAAGUUCUCUCCUGAUGCCGCCUACUUGCUGGUGGGUGGCUCAGGGGGGCUUGGAAGGGCUCUAGCUAUUUGGAUGGCUGAACACGGCGCUAAACAACUCAUCUUUCUAUCAAGAAGUGCCACGGCGGACAGCACGGUUUCAACGGAACUUGAAUCCAUGGGAUGCGCCGUGGCCAUGAUUAAAGGGAGCGUCAACAACCUUGAGGAUGUCAAGGAAGCGAUUGAAAAGUCGCCAACUCAGAUCAAAGGCGUUUUCCAUCUUGCGAUGGUUCAGAGAGACUCUCCGUUUCUUGACAUGAAGUGGGCAGAUUGGACAGACGCCAAUGAACCAAAAGUCCACGGUACAUGGAAUCUUCAUCAAGCAUUCCUCGGGCAGCCUCUGGACUACUUCUGGUUAGCCAGCUCUACCGUUACGGUUGUUGAUCAACCUGGGCAGGGGAAUUACAAAGCUGGAUGUACUUUUAUCGAGUCAUUCUGUCAGUAUCGGCACUCCCUUGGCCUCCCUGCUUCGGUCCUCUCCAUUUGCCCCAUCGAAGACGUCGGCUUCGUGGCCGAGAACCCAGCGGCGCUUCGGAGUAUCAAGCUGCAGGGCCUCUACACGCUGGGGGAGAAAGAGUUCUUGGACAGUGUCGAAGCUUCACUUGCCAAUUCGGUGCCACAGGCAAGUCAGGACAUGGGCAACUUUGCAAACCUCUCAUCAGAGUUCUUAUCUACUUGGGAAAACAAAGGCCACAUCAUCAUGGGUCUAAGAUCAGAGCUUCACCUUGAUAAUCCCAAAAACCCAACCAACUGGCGUCGAGAUCGAAGAAUGGGAAUCUACCACAACUUAGCUGUUGGAGAUGCAUCUGACGCACGAGGCGAAAGCCACAGCCUCAAGGAAUUCCUUCAGACCUUGACAGAUGGCGAUGGUGCGGGUAUCCUCGCACAAGAAUCAACCGUCGACUUCCUGGCUGUGGAGAUUGGAAGAAAGAUCAAUGAUUUCUUGCUGAAGCCAGACACUACGAUCGAUACAAGCCUUCGACUUUCCGAAAUGGGUCUGGAUUCUCUUACCGCAAUCGAGUUGCGAAGAUGGUUCCGCCAGGCGUCCGGGCUUCAAGUUAGCGUGCUGGAAAUGAUGGGUGCUGCAUCGUUGAGGCAGCUGGGAGAAACGGUGGCGGCGAGGCUUGGGGAGAAGGUGGUAGGAGGUUUGGCAUGA